AUGGUCUUGGGUAAUGGCAAUGAUAUUCGGUUCUGGAAAGAUAAUUGGACGACAGGCCCUCUUAAUCUUUCAUACCCAGAUCUCUUUCAUCUUUGCCGCAACAAAGAUGCUUCUGUUUCUGAUAUUUUUAAUUCAGACCUUCAGCAUUUCAUGAGGUUUUGUUGGGCGCGUCGUCUUCGUAUUGGCGAGCAGCAACGGUUGAGGAACCUAGUUCAGCAGCUUCCGGUUAUCUCAGAGCUGCAGUCCACGCAAGACAAACCUGCAUGGCUGAGGGAUAGGCAAUACAGCUCGGCUUCCAUGUCCAAGCUGCUUCACGCCAAUACUUCUUACCGGCCUUCUUCUUUCCUCCUGCAGCGAAUAUGGAAGGAGGUUCUCCCGCCUAGGAUUCAAUUUUUCGGUUGGUUAUUAGCUAGAGAUCGUAUCUCUUCUAAAGCUACUUUGGUAAGGAGAGGGAUUUUGCAUCAUGAUUUAUCUUCUUGUUCUAUUUGUUCAGAGGUAGAAUCGAGCAUUCAUAUUGUUUUGCAUUGUCAUUUUGCUUGGCAAUUUUGGUCUACUUUAUUAUCGAGGUGCAACGUUAGCUGGGUAUCUCCGGGGUCUUUGGAUGAAUUCUUUACUCAAUGGAUCUCAUUGUCAGACGGAAGACAUCGCAAGCUUUGGAAGCUUUUUUGGUUUUAUGGUAUUUGGCAUUUAUGGAAGGCUAGAAACAAACGGGUUUUUGAGGAUGAACCAUCAGAUGCGAUAUCUUUGGUUUUUUGGACCGUUUGUAAGGCAGUUGAUUUUCACAGAUCGCAUAAUCGAGGAUUUUCAUACACGAGCAGUGAUGUUUUUAGAAGCAUAGAGUUAUUCUAUACUUCAUGCACUUCACUUGCUCAUGAUCUCAUGAAUAUACUCAGAAUAAUGUACAUAUACCGCGGAACACUUAAGCGGUUUGGAGUAAACCGCGGAAGUGUUCCGCGGUCUGCAGACGUGGCUCCAUCUGGACGCAGAUGGAGCCACUUGGCAGCCAGGGAAUUUAUUCCCUGA